AUACGUGACAGAUCUUAAUAUCUGCAUGUCCCAAUAUAAUAGCCAUGACACGCGACGAUGAAACGAUGAAAGAAAACGAAAUUCCAUAUAAACCUACAGAUGAACAAUAUUUUUGACUUGCUAUUUUUUGUUGAAUUUCGAACUUAAAUUUGUUUUUUCCGAGUUAAAUAUAAUUUUUAAUGUUACCUAUUCUAAACGUUUUUGUUUUCGAUAUUACUUUAGAUUUCAUCAAAGAUUACAAAAUAUUUUAUCGACAUUUUUAAUUGAUUUUGAUAUUCACUGUUUUUAGUUAAGAACUUAAAAACACGGACUUCAUACACCAUUUACAAUGCAAAAUCAAAAUAAAAAAACAGAUUCCAGAAAAUGUGAAAAAUAUGCAAAAUACGAAUAUGAAAAAUCGUCUUAUACAGAGACAUAUAAAGUGUUACAAUCCUUACGAGAAGAUGAGGUUUUUUGUGAUAUUAAACUAGAAACAGAUGAUCACAAAAUAAUUCUCGCACAUAAAGUAGUUUUAGCAUCGAAAAGUCCAUAUUUCUAUACCAUGUUCACCAAAUUUUCAAAAGAGAAUCAUGAUCUCGUUGUAAUGAGAGAGAUACAUUCAACCGCUUUACAGUUGCUAGUAAAUUUUAUUUAUUCGGGGCAUAUCGUGGUCACUGGAGAAAACGUUCAGGAUUUGUUACCAGUUGCAAAUCUCUUAAAUUAAACGUAUGUAAUAUUUAUUGUGAUAAUAUGCUAUUCUAUGCUAUUUAGGUACUUUGAUUAAGACAUUUUCGUAGUUAAAAUCAAUAGUAUUGUAUUAAUUCAACUUUUCAUCGAUAUAAUGUACUCAUUAUUAAUGAGUCAUUAACCUUCAUUGAAAACGCUAUGCAAUUAUGUGUCUACUCUUCAAUAUGUAUUAAUUAAAUUUUUAUAGGUAGGAGGUUUUAAUGAAUCAUUAUGGGAGGCUUUAGACACUGUCGAAUUUUAUCAUCCCAGUCUUGACAAAUGGACAGAAGUGGAAAAAAUGUGUGAACAUCGCAGAGGUGCUGGUGUAGGUGUUUUAGGCGGCGUACUGUAUGCUGUAGGUGGUCUCGGUGGUUAUGAUGAAUAUAACUGCCUGAGUAGUGUUGAAGCAUACAGACCAAGCACAGAUAUUUGGACACCUAUUGCCGACAUGAAUUUUCCUCGACAUCGUGCAGGAGUAGUUGCAUUAGACGGUUUAUUGUAUGUCAUUGGUGGAAUCAAAGGGUUC